CCAGCUCCUUAGCUCUGCCCCCUGGAGUCCCGACGACGGGCUUCCUCACAGGCGCCGCACAAAAACCGCCGCUUCCCCCUCAGGCGCUUCGUCCCGGGGCUGUUGCCGAGCAGUGCCGCCGCCGCCGCCUCGCGCAAUUCCCCUCAGGCGGGCAAAGCGGGCGGCACCGAGUCCGGAGCGGGCUGGCCUGACUUUGCGGGGAGCAGCGGCGGCGGCGCCCUGGCUCGGGCAGCGGCCCUCCUCCGGGAGCCGAGGCGACGAUGGAUCAGCAGCAGCCGAACCACGAGCCGCACCGCCACCCGGCGCAGGAGCGCUCGCGCUCGCACACCGUCACCACCACCGCCAGCAGCUCCUUCACGGCCAACUGGUCGUCCGCUUCCAGCACGCUCGCCUACGACCGCGAGUUCCUGAGGACGCUGCCCGGGAUCCUCAUGGUGGCCGAGAUUGUGUUGGGGUUGUUGGUAUGGACGCUGAUUGCUGGAACAGAAUAUUUCCUGUAUCCUGUCUUCGGCUGGGUAAUGUUUGUGGCUGUGUUUUACUGGGUCCUUACGUUGUUCUUCCUAAUCAUCUACAUGACAAUGACGUACACUCGGAUCCCCCAAGUGCCAUGGACCACUGUUGGCCUGUGUUUUAACGGGAGUGCCUUUCUUUUGUACUUCAUUGCUGCCAUUGUAGACGCGUGUGCCGUCACCAAGGAAUUGGACAGCCACAACUACAACAGCUGGGCAGCUUCUUCAUUCUUUGCAUUCGUUGUGACUUCCUGCUACGGUGGAAAUGCCUACUUUAGUUUUGUAUCUUGGAGAUCGCGGAACUUGCAAUAAAUGUCCUCUUUAAAUUAAGGAAAAAAAACACAUUUGGGUAUAAUGCAUCAUUUUUAAAUUAUCAAUUCCUGCAGUGGUUAUUCUUAAUGCUCAGGCAAAGCAUUUUUACUCAAGAGAAUUUCAAUGGCUCACAUUAUGGCCAAACCAUAGUUGACUGUCAGGAGCAUGCUGUGGAGUUGCAUGCCCCUUCCUAUCUCUCCCCCAUGCAAGCUAAUUCCAUCCUCUUACUUCCUGAUUUGUGGUAACCAUUGUUUCCUGUGGCUUCCAAAUCGUAGAAUACCAUAAAUGAAGAAACUGAUUAUGGAUUAGCAUGAGGGAUGGUGAGAAGAAAGCAUGGAAGCUCAUAGCAUGUUCUCAAUGGCCAAACUCAUGGUAUGGCUAUGAUACCUAAACUCAACCAGUGAUCAUGUUAGCAUCUAAUACUGAACCAAGAUUCAGUAGUACAAUGCACUCUGCCUUUCUCCUGUGUGAGCUGGAGGAGGACAUCAGAAAGUUUUACUUAAUUUUCUUUAAGCAAGGCUUGUAACAUCUGGAUUAGGGUUUAUGCUAUAACAGUAAUUCUGGCCAAUUUCAGAACAAGCAAACUUCAAACCAUGGGUUAGGAAGCUGUCUUGUUUAAACUAACCAUAGUUGGUAUAAAUUACAAACCCCAAUUUUAGUGUAAUGUGACAAGCUGUGUUUGAGGGGAAACUGAAGCAGAGGUUUCCGAAGUCAUCCUGGCCGUGCAGGAAGAGAUGAGAAUAUGUGAGGCCAAGGGGAGUCUAUGAUCCGGAAACCAAGCCUUAUGAGGAACAGUUGAAGGAAUUUGGCAUGUUUAGCCUGGUAAAGUACCGAGAGGAGUUAUGAUAGCUAUCUUCGAAUAUAUAAAGGACUGUCACAGGGAAGAUGUAGCAAGCUUGUUUUCUCGUGCUCUGGAGGCUAGGCCCCUAACCAAUGGCUUCAAUUUACAAGAAAGGAGAUUACGACUAAACAUCAGGAAUAACUUUCUGACAGCAAGACCUGUUUUGAAAGUGGAACAGACUCCCUCAGGAGGUGGUGGACUCUCCUUCUUUGGAGGUUUUGAAGCAGAGGUUGGGUGACUUAUCUGUCAUUCAUGAGCUAGUUGAGAUUCCUGCAUCAUAGGGAGUUGGAUUAGAUAACUAUUGGUAUCUCUUCCAACUCUACAAUUCUAUUAUUCUAGUGUGAACCAGAGACUAAUGAGUUUGAUGGUGCCUACUUCCAAGUAAAUAUCCAUAAAGCCCUAAAUGGCCUUAGCCCUGUAUAGUUGAAGUCUCCACCUCCAUCACCCGGCCUGAGGUCCAGCUCUGAGGGCCUUUGAGCACUUCCCUCACUGUGAGACAUGAAGCUACGGGGAACCGGGCAGAGGGCCUUCUCGGUAGUGGCACCCAUCCUGUGGAACGCCCUCCCAUCAGACGUCAAACAAAUGAACAACUAUUUGACUUUUAGAAGACACCUGAAGGCAUCCCUGUUCAGGGAAGUUCUUAAUGGUUGAUGUUUUUACUAUUUUGUGUUUUUACUAUUUUGUUGAGCGCCGCCCAGAGUGGAUGGGACAGUCAGAUGGGCAGCAUAUAAAUAAUAAAAUUAUUAUUAUUAGAAAGAAGCCUCAAUUAGAUGGAAAAUAUAAGGGAUUAAGACUGGAAUCCUCCUCCACCACCCCUUAUGCUGGACUGGGGUACUUUGGAGGGAGGGAAGACAUUUCUUUCCCCAUUCUGCCGGUUCAUCUCAUCUCCUGCUGACUAAUGCCACUCUGCCAGCACAGACCUUCCCCCUUCUGCCCAUUGAAAGUGUUCCACCCACUGAUUUCUCAUCAGUCCUGAAGAUUUCUCAUCAGCUCAGAAUCUUAGCCUGUGCUGGCCAGUCGUGGGUGUGAUCUGGGCCCAAUUUCUGCACCAAACCUAUCUUCCUGUCCCCACACCAAUGCCGCUGUGAGUGUGUCUCGUUUUUAGCAAGGAGCAAUAGUGUCCUCUGCCUAAGAAGUAUUGUGAAUAUUUUACAUCAAUUAAUAUGUUUCAGAAGGCAGUGCAUGUAUUCUGUUGUAACAAAAUGUGCCUCCCUUUAUUUUUUUACUUUGUAAAUAUAACUGUCACAGUCCCAUUCUGUGUAUAUUGACUCAGAUACGCAUAGGACUGCACCUUUAGAAGGGGUGAUGAGAUAUAUAUUAGAAUAAUGUAUCAUAUUUUUAUACACGUUAACUUUCUGUGUUUAGGAAAACUUUCCUGCUUAAAUGCUACUGUACACAGUCUUGAAGAUUUAGAGACCUAAAUGAGAUUCUCCUUGGAGCGCUAGUGUUUCUAGAUUGGCCUGGAAGAAAAUAUUCUGCCUCUGGUUACACAAUUCGGCAAUUGCUUAUGAGAGGGAACCACCUAAUAGUGCCAAAGGCCAAAGUUAAAUGUACAGCACUAUUCUGAAGCUGCUACAGUGUAAACAUAUGACUAGAAUGGAAAAUCUUCAAGACUGUAGAGUGGAUCCUUUUUCAAAUUAAUAUGGGUAGGCCAAUCAGCUUUCAUUGAUGGUAGAUGGUUAGAAGCAGUAGGAACACUGUAAAUUCACAGCACAAUUUUAUAUGUGUCUACUCAGAAAUAAGUCCAACUGAGUUCAAUACGACUUACUCCCAAGGAAGAUGUGUCUAGGAUUGCAGCCUUAAAGAAAUUACUUUCUAAGUAAGUGGCUCAUUUUGGGUGGCUAUGUGGAAGAAACAGAAAAACAUCCUCUGGAUGUUCACAUUUUAUACAUUCUUAUCUCAGACAUAAGUUCUUUUUCAUUUGAUUGUUGACAAACAAGUCCUUCCUUGAUUAUGGAUUUGUCCAGUAGCAACAUCGGUGCUAUGAUAUUACAGCAGAAUCUAUGCUGGGAGAUGAUUCGAUUAUUUCCUUUUUAUCUUUAAAUCUGCGUAUUACGAUUACCAAGCUAUUUUAUAUAUAUAUAUAAAACGGCAAACCACUUCCAACCUGUGUAGUGCCGGGCUAUCUCCUCCUCCUCCUUUGCACAUUUUGUAAAGUAUUGGAUUUGUAUUCCCUCGAACCAUUUCAAUGUACAUAAAAAUGAAUGCUUUUUUUAAAAAAAAUUAAUUGUUGCAGUGUUCUUUAUUUCACUUACUAAUUCAAAAAUUAUGGAAUGUCAAUCCAAGGAGCAUUAUACAGUGGUACCUCACAAGAUGAAUGCCUUGCGCAACGAAAAACUUGCAAGACAAAAGCGUUUUGCAAGACGAAGUUUUUCGGCGUUUUUUUGUUUUUUUGCCGCAGCAGACCACGCUUUGUAAGACGAAAUCAUCGCAAGACAAAGCGACUCGCGGAACGAAUUACUUUCGUCUUGCGAGACACCACUGUAUAUACCUUGAUCUUUGACUUGGUGAGCAGGCCUUCUUCCUGUCAAAGGUCUCAUUUCUUCAGGACCAAUCUGUCAAGGACCAGCAUGCUGGGCAAGUCUGAGAGCCCCAAACAAGGCAGAGCCACCCCUUCUCCUCUCUUUUGCUGUGAGACAUGGGGUCACCAACCUUUUUGGGUCUCUGGGCACACUUGCAAAUGAGUGAUCCUGUUAUCUGCAGUAGAAUUGUAGAGUUGGAAGCGACCCCAAGAGCCACCCCCUGCAGUGCACACACACUACAACCAAGCAUGCACCACAACAUAUUACGUUAACUAUAGCAGAAACCUUUCAUGCCUAAUUUCAGCAGGUGCCAUGGACUGUAGGGGUAUCAGGGAAGGCCUCUUACAGCUGCACGUACAUUGGCAGUGCUCCACUUUGGUCACUUGUUACAGUAGGCUCUGGUGGGUUGAGUGGAAGAGACCAAUAGAGGAUCCAAUGGUCAAGGCAGUGAUUUCUACACGUGCUAUAGAAGGGAGGGAGGGGCAGAU